ACCACACUGAACGGGAGCACUUUCCGUCCAUCGGGCGGCUCCAUCGAACCACGUGCGGUAAAGUGUGUGCGUGUGCGCCAUGCGUACGUAGCGUCGUGGAGGUUUGUUUACAACUCCACCGAUCAACCCGCGAAUGUGCCGUGACGCAAUAGAAUGUGCCCCACCAUCGCAUGGCGCAUCAUCCGCUGAAAUCCGCGGAUCGAACGCGUUGGUGUGUGUGCUCCGGUGGAGCCCUUCUGGGGAGCUGGUAUUUGUGUGCUGAUGUGCCGUCAUUUUUUGGAGCAUUCGUGGUGUCGGUGGCACUGUUUACGAUCCCUCUAUUUUCGUGUUCAGUGUGGUUUAUAAUUGAUCGACGGUGAAGUCACCCGUGAGGAGUUUUGUAAAGUUGGAAAAAAUCAUGUUUCCUAGAACGCGUCCAACCUGUUGAAGCCAUUUGUUAGGGUAGUGUUAAUGUUAUGUUAAGAUUUGCUUUUGAUUGUUGCCAAAGGUAAUUGUUGCUAACAAGUUUGGCCAACGAUGCCCGGUGAACGGGCUGACCCCCGGUGAGCUUCUCUUAACCCCGUUUAGCCCCAUCCCAGUGUUUCCAAGUGCAGUUGCGGUCGAGUGGCAAACAUCGUCGAUCAACCUUGCCCUAUCAGGGGCGAUCGUGUACGCACACACGGAGAGCAACAGUGGCAUAGAUCGAUAGACCGCACUCCGUCGAGUCAUGGAGCGAAUACUGAGGGGUGUAAUGCGCUACCGGCAUACGACACGGGAGCAGAUGGUGCAGGAGUUCCGGAAAGUUCGUGACAAUCCGCAGCCCAAGGCAGUGUUCUUCACCUGCAUGGACAGUCGGAUGAUACCGACCCGGUUCACGGAGACGCACGUUGGAGACAUGUUUGUCGUCCGUAAUGCGGGAAACCUGGUGCCACACGCCGAACACUUCCAGGACGAAUAUUUCAGCUGUGAGCCGGCCGCCCUCGAGUUGGGCUGUGUUGUGAACAAUAUAAAACAUAUUAUUGUUUGUGGCCAUAGUGAUUGCAAGGCUAUGAAUUUGUUGUAUCAACUGAAGGAUCCCGAUUUCUCGUCGCUGAAAAAUCGUCGCAUUUCCCCACUGCGCGCUUGGCUGUGCGAGCACGCCAACACCAGCCUGGACAAGUUCCAGAACCUGAAGCAGAUUGGGCUGGACAAACCACUGAUUUUCUCCUCCGAGACGCCACUACGCAAGUUCGUCGCGUACAUCGAUCCGGAGAACAACUUCGCCCUCGAGGACAAGCUGUCGCAGGUGAACACACUGCAGCAGAUCGAAAACAUUGCCUCGUACGGAUUCCUGAAGCGCCGGCUUGAGUCACACGAUCUGCACAUCCACGCGCUUUGGUUCGACAUUUACACCGGGGAUAUUUACUUCUUCAGUCGCAACUCGAAGCGGUUUAUAGCGAUCGAUGAAAGUUCGAUCGAUCGACUGCUGGACGAGGUACGGCGGUACUAUUCAUGAUCCGUGAUUUGUGUAGAAUUAUGUAGCUUCCAGCUUCCGGAAUGUCGUCUUACGGGUAUUAAACGAAAUUUCUGUUGCACAUUUUUUUAUAGUUUUGUGAACGUCAAAUAAAGUGAAUGCAUUAUUUUUGUACGUGAUCGUGUAC